GGAAAGGGGCGGGUAUUCCAAAAUGUCUCUGUCGACAAACAAUGCAUUGAAUCUUCUAUCGGCCUACGACUCAAGUAGCGAUGGAAGUGAAGAAGAAAUUCCAGGGCCUAAAGUGUCAGUCAAGAGACCUUUGCCAAAUUGCGCUGAAUCAGGAAACUGUUUUCAGAACAAGAAGCUCGCUACCAAUGAUAUUAGGAGGCUGCCACCACCAACUGCCCUGCUAGAGUUAUUCAAGGACGACAUUCCUGACCAGGUAAAAGAUUCAGAAGCAGAUCAUAGUGGACGUGUCAGAUCUUUUCCUCACGAAAGAGGAAAUUGGGCAUCUUAUGUCUAUAUAUCUGUCGAUGCAUCUUCAUCAAUUGAAUCAUUUAUCGAUCUGGUCUGUACAACGUGCGAUCCAUCUCUAAAUCUGCAGAGAUCAAAUGAUCUGCACAUUAGUGUGACCAAAACAGUCAUUCUCAAACAUCAUUGGAUUGACUCCAUAUCAUCAUCCAUUCAAGACAUUGCGUGCUCAGUUAAAAGAUUUCCAAUUUGUUUGGGAGAUAUAAGAGUGUAUACAAAUGAGGAACAAACUCGAACAUUCAUCGGUAUCGUCGUAACAGCCGGGAAAGAAAAUUUAACAAAAUUAGUUGCCAGGUUGGAUCAAGUUCUUUCAGAUUUUAGGCUGCCUCCUUUUUAUGAGGAGGCAUCAUUCCAUCUAAGCAUUGCUUCAUGUGUUGGUAAUCAUAUUAAUAGUCUGAAAUCUCACUUGCCCAAACUUCAGACUUCUCUUGAAAUGUUUAUUCAUGGCCACCCAUUAGAAUGGGGCAUCAAUGUAGAGGCACUGCAUUUCAGAACUGGCAACAAGUACUUUUCAUUUAAAUUAAUGUAUUAACAAUAAAAGCUAUUUACUUCAUCA